CAUUUAAACUACCCCACAUUUCCCUCCACAACCACCCAUCACAUCCUCCCUUCUUGCUGAGCUGAGCACGCCCCUUCUCCCUCAACUUUGGGCUCGAGGCAAUGGCGGCGCUCGCUCCGACGAAGAUGCUCGGCACCCGGCUCAACUUCGCCGGCUCCUCCAGGUACGCCACAGCGGCACCAACUGCUGGCGCACAGAAGAUCGUCUCCCUCUUUGAUCGCUUCAAGAAGAAGCCCGCCCCGAAGCCGAAGCCCGCCCCCGUGGCCACCUCGAGCGUGGGCAUCGACGACGAGCUCGCCAAGUGGUACGGUCCUGACAGGAGGAUCUACUUGCCCAACGGUCUCCUUGACCGGUCGGAGGUGCCGGAGUACCUCAACGGAGAGGUUCCCGGAGACUACGGCUAUGAUCCUUUUGGCCUGGGCAAGAAGCCAGAGGACUUCGCCAAGUACCAGGCCUUUGAGCUCAUCCAUGCCAGGUGGGCCAUGCUCGGCGCCGCCGGAUUCAUCAUCCCCGAGGCGCUCAACAAGUUCGGCGCAAACUGCGGUCCCGAGGCAGUUUGGUUCAAGACCGGCGCCCUGCUCCUUGACGGCAACACCCUCAACUACUUCGGCAACAGCAUCCCCAUCAACCUCAUCCUCGCCGUCGUCGCCGAGGUCGUCCUCGUCGGAGGCGCCGAGUACUACAGGAUCACCAACGGGCUGGAAUUUGACGACAAGCUCCACCCCGGUGGCCCAUUCGACCCGCUCGGCCUCGCCACCGACCCCGACCAGGCGGCGCUGCUCAAGGUGAAGGAGAUCAAGAACGGGCGGCUGGCCAUGUUCUCCAUGCUGGGCUUCUUCAUCCAGGCCUACGUCACCGGCGAGGGCCCCUUCGAGAACCUGUGCGCGCACCUCAGCGACCCCUUCGGCAACAACCUGCUCACCGUCAUCUCCGGCGCCGCCGAGAGGGUGCCCAGCCUGUGAGCUGGCCGUUGAUUGCCCGUCCGCCGCCGUCGGUUGCUGAUGAUCAGCUGCGUGCGCGCGAUGCAGCAGCAUGUGCUGUGUGAAUUUUACCGGGAAAAGUUUGAGAGUACGAAUGUGCCGUACGUGUAAAUUAUCAAGGGCAGAAGAAACAUGACCGUUCUGAUUUCUGA